CGCAACAAUGUUCCUUGGGCCAUGAAACACUCCUGAGAUGGCAAACGAGAUGUGAGUGCCGGGACAAGGUGACAGCUGCUUGGCACUCAGGGGGCCGCCUGGCAGAAGAGAAAGACGGCGACUGACGUCGGUCUCUUCCAGCGUUCGUUCGUGUGGGCGGGCUGUGGGCGGUGGGCAACUGAUGAACCUGGAACUGGAACGGGUCGAAAGCGAGCCAGUCACCAGUGAGCAGCUCGCAGUCGCAGCCAUCCCUGGCUAGCAAAGAAGGCGGUGGAGCACCCUCGCCCAUCCCUGUCGCUCAGCCACAGGCCCCCUUCACCAACUUCAUAACAGGGCCGCCGUCGCCUGAGAGCUGUUGAAUCAGGUUUUUGAGACCUCUCUCUUGACAUUUGUAUUUUUUUUCCCCUUUCUCUUUUCUCCUCUCUAGAGACGGGAGAUUCUUAGAAUAUCACUGCUGUUGCUGCCACCAGCUGAGCAGCAAACAGCGAAAACAUCGUCUUGUCCUGUGCCACUCGGUCACCGGCGCUUCCCCUUCCUGCCGUGCCCUGGAAUUGGGUAUCAGAACGACUCGUAACGGCAGCUGACGUUUCGCACUGCAACUGCGCCAAGCUUCACCGUCUCUUUUUCUUUGACCGACCUGACAACCAACAACCAAACAACCUCGACCUAACAUCGCGAUCCCCUACGAACAGUCCCCCCCGACGAUCCAGCGACCUUUGAGAAUCUUGCAAAAUACCCACAAUAUUCCAAUCUUUCGAGUAGAUCUUGAUUUCAGCUAUUUCUCGCAGAAGCGAGCCGCGACUCCAUCAUGGCGUACCACGGCGCUGGUGGCCGUGGAGACGGCUAUGAAGACCACCCGUUGCAGAACCUCGGCGGUCCCCAUGGACAGAACGACGAUGAAGUCCAGGCCUCUCUCCUCAACGACAACCAGGCCUACGACAACAGUCGUUUGGGCGCCGGAACUCCUCCAGUUCGUCCAGUCUCGGCAUACAGCUUGACCGAGUCGUACACACCCAAUGCCGGCACUACGCGGGCUGGCAUCGGUGUUCAGCCCACUCCCCCUCCCCACGGAUACACCAACGAGUAUGCCGGUGCCCCCCAGUACGGAGUGUCGGCCAAUGGUGGAUUCGGCGAUCAACAAUAUGGAAACUCUGGGCACUCUGUCGCCGAGACCGAUGAUAGCUGGAUUCAACGCCAAAAUCCUAACGCUGCCCCAGCUGGUGGCCUGAAGCGCUAUGCUACCAGAAAGGUCAAGCUCGUUCAGGGUUCCGUUCUGAGCAUCGACUACCCAGUGCCCAGUGCCAUCAGAAAUGCUGUUCAGCCCAAGUACAGAGACGUCGAGGGCCAGAAUGAGGAGUUUUUCAAGAUGCGCUACACUGCGGCCACUUGCGAUCCCAACGACUUCACUCUCAAGAAUGGUUACGAUUUGCGCCCUCGCAUGUACAACCGGCACACCGAGCUUCUUAUUGCCAUUACCUACUACAACGAAGACAAGGUUCUCCUCUCGAGAACACUCCAUGGCGUCAUGCAGAAUAUCAGGGACAUAGUGAACCUGAAGAAGUCGUCGUUCUGGAACCGGGGUGGCCCUGCCUGGCAAAAGAUUGUAGUCUGCUUGGUUUUCGAUGGUAUCGAGAAGGUCGACAAGAACGUUCUUGACGUGCUUGCCACUAUCGGUGUAUACCAGGAUGGUGUGGUGAAGAAGGAUGUUGACGGAAACAAUACCGUUGCCCACAUCUUCGAGUACACCACCCAGCUCUCCGUCACGCCAAACCAGCAGCUCAUCCGGCCAACGGACGACAGCCCGGCUACCCUUCCACCAGUGCAGUUCAUCUUCUGCUUGAAGCAGCAAAACAGCAAAAAGAUCAACUCGCAUCGCUGGCUUUUCAACGCCUUUGGUCGCAUCUUGAACCCAGAGGUGUGCAUCUUGCUUGAUGCUGGUACCAAGCCCAGUCCCAAGUCGUUGCUCGCUCUCUGGGAGGGCUUCUACAACGACAAGGAUCUUGGCGGUGCCUGCGGUGAGAUUCACGCAAUGUUAGGCAAGGGCGGAAAGAAGCUGCUCAACCCUCUGGUCGCUGUCCAGAACUUCGAGUACAAGAUUUCCAACAUUCUGGACAAGCCCCUCGAAUCUGCGUUCGGUUACGUCAGUGUGCUGCCAGGUGCUUUCUCGGCCUACCGCUUCAGAGCCAUCAUGGGCCGACCUUUAGAACAGUACUUCCACGGUGAUCACACCCUGUCCAAGCAGCUCGGCAAGAAGGGUAUCGAGGGCAUGAACAUCUUCAAGAAGAACAUGUUCUUGGCCGAAGAUCGUAUCUUGUGUUUCGAGCUGGUCGCCAAGGCUGGCCAAAAGUGGCAUCUGAGCUACAUCAAGGCGGCCAAGGGGGAGACGGAUGUGCCUGAAGGUGCUCCCGAAUUCAUCUCGCAGCGUCGUCGCUGGCUGAACGGUUCCUUCGCUGCCAGUUUGUACUCGCUGAUGCAUUUCGGACGCAUGUACAAGUCUGGCCACAACAUUGUCCGCAUGUUCUUCUUCCACAUUCAGCUCAUCUACAACGUCCUCAACGUCAUCUUCACCUGGUUCUCGCUCUCUUCGUACUAUCUCACGACCACCGUCAUCAUGGAUCUCGUCGGUACUCCGGUGCCCGCAUCUAACACAUCGGCGCUCCACCACGCUUGGCCAUUUGGCGAUACCGUCACACCUAUAUUCAACGCGGUUUUACAGUAUCUCUACCUGGCAUUCGUCAUUCUGCAGUUUAUUCUUGCUCUGGGUAACAGGCCAAAGGGUUCCAAGUGGACGUACAUUACGUCUUACGUGCUCUUUGCCAUGAUCCAGGCCUACAUCAUCAUCCUCUCGGUUUAUCUCGUCGUUCAGGCUUUCAAGAUUCCGCUUGCGGACCAGAUCAAACUGGACAAUGCGUCUAACGCGAUGGAGUCCUUGUUUGGUGGUACGGGGGCGGCUGGUGUCAUUCUCGUGGCACUGAUUACCAUUUACGGUCUUUACUUCUUGGCAUCCUUCAUGUACCUCGAUCCCUGGCACAUGUUCCACUCGUUCCCCUACUACAUGCUGCUCAUGUCGACCUACAUCAACAUUCUGAUGGUGUAUGCCUUCAACAACUGGCACGAUGUGUCGUGGGGUACCAAGGGUUCAGACAAGAACGACGCUCUGCCGUCGGCCCAGGUCACCAAGGGCGAGAAGGACGAAGUGUUGGUUGAAGAGAUUGAGAAGCCGCAGGAAGAUAUCGACCAGAUGUUUGAGCAGACUGUCAGGAGAGCUCUUGCGCCGUACAAGGUGGAAGAGGCGCCCGAAACCAAGGAGCUGGAGGACUCUUACAAGUCUUUCAGAACGAGUCUGGUGGUGAUGUGGCUAUUUUCGAACUGUUUCUUGGCUGUGGUUAUUACCAGCGAGAACUUUGACUCGUCUUUUGGCGCUGGGCGGAAUGCCACCGCCAGAACCGCCUGGUUUUUCAAGUUCCUCCUGUUCGCUACUGCCGGUCUGUCCAUCGUCCGUUUCAUCGGUUUCUGUUGGUUCCUCGGCAGGACCGGUAUCAUGUGCUGCUUUGCCCGGCGUUGAAGCGUUUGUCUUUUUCGUGGUUUUUCUGCGAGCGCGGGCGCGGAGUACUUUCAGGGCGGUGCCUGUACGAAUAUGGUCACAUUUUCAGGCUCUUGUUCUGACUUUCACAACUUCCCUCCUUAUCCUCUAACUAUUCAUCUCUGGAAAGAUUGGUUUUGGCUUGGGGCAACUGGAGUGGGUGGGGGAAAGACGGUAAGGAAAAAAUAAUUCACGUCAUCAACUUUAUGAAGCGCGGAUAUCAUGGAGAAGAGAAAAAUAUGAAGGGUAUUUUGUGUGUUUUAAUUGUUGUAGCUCAAGGGGGGUUGGGGCAAGGGAAUGGGUUGAUAUAAAUCUUGUAUUUGUUGUUGUUGUUGUUUUUCUGCAGUGCGUUGCGAUUCUGAGAAAAUUAAAGGAGCGGAUAUCAUAACAUGGAGAGUGAGCGGCAUAUUGGCGGUGGCGUUUGCUUUUCUGAUGUUUUGGUUUUGUUUAAUUGAUGCCAUCUCUCUUAUUGCGUUGUGUUCUACUAGAGCAUUGCCGAGCCUUGAGUGUGACUACGCAGAAUAUAUAGCGGUCUUUUAUACCUACCUCUCUUACCAGGUUGCCUGGUUUGAUGAUUGUGAUGACUCCAUCAUUGCUAGAA